AUGGAAGGUGAAGAUAGGAGUACGCGCAGAAGUGCGCGGUCAACGAGAGGUGUAGCACCUCCCCGUUUGGGUUUUGAAGAAGAGCGCUCGAUGCGCAGUAGUAGGAGAUCAGGAGGAGGACAGUCCCGAUCUUCAUACGAGACUCAGCGUCGAGUUCUGGAAGCAGAAAAGAGGCUCCUGGAGAAGGAGCUUGAGCUCGUGAGGUUAGCUCAAGACGAAGCGUCGUCAAGUGGCCAAGGGGCCAAAGGAUCGUCCUCUCCCAAGAUGGCCUCCGAAGUCUUCGCAGAGGAGCUCAUAGAAGGCCAUGAAGCUGAUGCAGCCGUUGACGCUGGCCAAGGAGAUGAGGCUAGUAUGGGUGAAGUAGAAGUUGCGCACCUGCCAGAACAUGCAGUGGCUGUUUCUCACGAUCCAGAGCCGCACGCAGUGCCGAGUCCCAGUGUAGCCGGAACUGUCAGUGCCCACACAAGCAGGAGUUUGCCUGUGGCGGUGAGGACUGAGUCUGAGGUCGCACGUGCGUCGACGAAUACGGAGCAGGCCAAUCUGUCAGGGUUGCGAGUGCAACAAGAGUUUGUGCUGAAAGAGAAGCGCUAUCAGCGGGAACUGAGCGAAGCUCAAUCAAUAGCGGACGCCGAGCAGCGACGUGUAGCGAAAUUGAACAAGGAUCUUGCGAGCGCUCGUGCAGACCUGUCAUCGCUGCAGGCGGAAAAUAGGCGAGUCACGCAGGAAAAAGAGGUGUGCGAAGCUGAGCGGGAUGUAUCGGAAAGGGAACUGCGCGAGCUGCAGCCGCAUCUCGAGCGCCUGGAAAGAGAACACCAGGAGGGGCGCAUGUGUUUGGAAGAUCUCCGCGAUCAGAAUGACCGCUUGCUGACGCGAGCCGAGCAGGUUUCAGCAGAGCAACACGCGCAGCGAGCUGAACUGCUCGACAAGCUCGAACGCCUUCGCGCGGAGAACGCCAGCCUGCAACAGCGGGCGGAUCGAGGCGGAGGCCGAGGGUCGGAUGAGCAGCGAACACAGCGAGCGGAGUUGCUAGUUCAGCUGGACCAGCUUCGCGGAGAAAAUGAUCGCCUGCGGAGGCGUGCGGACCACGACCAGUACACCGCACAGUGUUCUAGUGCGCAGCAACAGGAGCUACGCAGUCGGAUUCAGAGCGAUCAAGAGCCGGAGGAGAUAGUGAAGACGCACCAAGCUUGGCAAGCAGCUGGUUCCACGGUCAAAGGCCUUCAGCAGGAUGGACGUGGGCAAGCAGAUGAGGGUCUGCAAAGCCAGCUAUCAAGGCUCACCGCGCGACAAGCCAAGAUCAACACCGACUUGCCAGCGUUCUCGGGUGCAGCAGAAGAGUGGCCAGCAUUCCACCACAUGUUUCAGUCUACGACCAAGCAAUGUGGCUUCACGGAGGCUGAAAACAUUCAGAGAUUGCGGGUCUGCCUAAAAGGUCCUGCAAAAGAGGCAGUAAGAAUGCUCCUCAUCGUGCCAGAGAACCUGCCGAAAGUUCUCUCAACGCUGGAAAGGAGGUUCGGGCGGCCAGAACUAGUAGUCACGGAGCUCGUAUCGAAGGCGAAAUCAGCUAAGCCGGUACGCAGUGACGAUGUAGAGACCUUGGUGUCGUACAGCACCUCGGUUAAGAAUGUAGUGUUAUGUAUGAAGCUGCUUGGUAGCUGUGGACAUAUGUCCAACCCUACCCUCCGACAGGAGCUAGUGAAUAAGCUGCCAGUUGCACUGAAGAUGCAGUGGGGCGAAUACUUGGCGGAGAAAAGGAUCCAGAUGGAUUCCCUCGACCUGGAGGUCUUCGCAGACUGGCUAGAAAAUCGAGCAGAGGCUGCGCUGAAUGUGGCCGGGCCGUUUGCCAAAGCGGCCCCUCGAGCAAGUAAUGCAACAGCUAUGCACACCACAGGUGGUCCAGCCAGCACAACUAAGCCAGUGUUGCAGUGCGCCAAGUGUGGUAAAGCGCACUCCCUCACCAGCUGUGAUGUCUUCCGCCAACUGUCAGUGAAGCAGCGGUGGGACUUCGUGCUUGGAACAUCGCUAUGUGUGUGCUGCUUCAAGACAGGCCACUGGAAGUCCGAAUGCAGAGGCAGUGGUUGCAACAAGUGCCGAGGCAGACACCACCCUGACCUCCACCAAGAGCGCGCACCUCCGGCCAACCAAGGCUCAACGAGCAGGAGCACAAAGCCACGAGAGAAUGUGGUUCCGCAACACAGCACGAAUACGUCGGUGGCAACCACGCAGAAGACCGCUUUUAUGGUAGUCCCUGUCGUGUUAUGCCAUCAGGACAAGACGGUGCGGGCCACAGCCAUGAUGGACAGCGGUUCUUCAACAACAUACCUGAAAGACAGUGUGGCAAACGACCUCGGGCUGCAGGGAACACCAACGGCAUUUACGGCGUCGGUUCUGGGGGGAAAGACAGUCUCAGGAAAGCACCGUCGCGUAAAAGUGACAAUGGCGUCGGAAGACGGCUCAUAUGAAACCCAGCUGGAAGCAUGGACGCAGCCAAUAGUUACAGCACCGAUGGAGAUGAUCGAGUGGAACUCGAGGAGACACAUGCACAAGCACCUCCAAGAGGUUACCUUCCCGCAGGUGACUGGGGACCAAGUCGACCUGCUGAUAGGACUCAACGUGCCAGAAGCGCACAGAGUACUGGAAGAGCUGGCAGGACAGCCGGGCGAGCCAGUUGCUCGAAAACUUCCCCUCGGAUGGGUAUGUUUCGGUCCCGUCAAGUCGCAAGCGGCAGAGUUCACAGAGACGUCCCUGCAUGCGAAUGUCAGCGACAGGAGCAACGCAGUUCUCGACGACCUCGUCGCAAAGUUCUGGGAGGUAGAGAGCGUUGGUUUGGUUCCUAAGGCUACGAAAACGGUCGCGGAGGAGGAAGCACAACGUAUGGUUGAAGGAAGCAUGAAAUUGAUGGAUGGCAGAGUGUCGACGGCCAUACCGUGGGUCAGCACCGAUAAGAAGCCAGAUCUCCCACCGAAUCGUGAAAUGGCUGAACAGCGACUGAGAAACCUGGAGAGGACUCUGAGGAAACGACCGGAAGUCUACCAGCAGUAUUCCGACGUCAUCAAGUCCCAUAUAGCCAAGGGCUACAUCCAUCCGUGCCAGGAGACAGACCAACAGUGGUUGCUUCCUCAUCUGGCGGUGGUACGAGCAGAUAAAACUACGACGAAAGUACGAGUGGUAUUCGAUGCCGCUGCCCGAUGCCAGGGCAAGUCACUCAACGACGAGAUGCACUCUGGACCGAAGUUGCAGAGAGAUCUGGUACACGUGCUGAUGAAGUUUUGCCUAGAGCCUAUAGCGCUAGUCGGCGAUAUUGCAGAGAUGUUUCUGCAGGUGGAAAUCGCUCCAGAAGAUCGCAAGUAUUUGCGCUUCCUGUGGCGCGACACACCGGAUGAGCCAGCCGCCAUGUAUGAGUUCUCUCGGUUGGUAUUUGGGCUGAAGGCAUCGCCAUACCUGGCAUGUCGGGCUCUGAAGGCAACGUCAGCAGAGCACGGCGCAUCCUUCAGCAAGUUGGCUCGGGAAGCAGUCGAUGAAGCGUUUUACGUUGAUGACCUGCUCGACUCACUACCGACUGUGGAGUCCGCCAUCAACACUCGACAGGAAGUCCAGAGUCUGCUCGGAAAGGCGUCUUUCCACGUCCGCAAAUGGAGGAGCAACAGUCAAGCCGUGCUAGAGUCUAUACCGGACGAGGACUUGGCCAAAGAGGCACUGCUAUGCAUCAGCAACGACAGUCAGCAAAUACCAGCGGUGGUGAAGACUCUCGGUGUGGUGUGGGACGCCAAGACAGACACCUUCAGCUAUACGCACCGUGCUCCUGAAGAACAACAGUGGACCAAGCGUCAAGUGCUGUCGAAGAUGGCGAGCAUCUUCGACCCUAGAGGCCACAUUGUGCCCUUUACCAUGCGGGCGCGGCUGAUGUUUCAGGAGCUUUGUGCAGCUGGGAUCGGGUGGGACGACCAGAUUCCGGCCGAGCUGAACGAGAAGUGGUACAGGUGGUUUGCCGAGCUGGAGCACCUCAGCAAGAUCAAGAUACAGAGAUGUCUCAAGGAAACGGAUCGCCCAGCCCAUGAGGCAUCACUGUCGGUACAUGUGUUCACCGACGCUUCGGCCCAUGCAACAGCGGCAGUGGGUUAUGUCCGAGCGGAGUACCCCGAUGGACAUGUGCGCAUCAGCAUUGCGCUUGCUAGAGCCAGAGCCACACCACUGAAGAAAGUCACGAUUCCGAAGCUGGAGCUCCGCGGUGCAGUGCUGGGUGUGCAAGUAAGUGCCGCCAUCAGUGAGGCCCUCCACAUCCCCAUGUCCGAACACAACUUCUGGACUGAUUCGAUGAACGUCGUACACUGGGUGAGGAGUCCGGCUAAGAACUUUACUUCAGACGUCGCUAAUCGAAUAGCGGCAAUACAGGAGUCGACAAAGCCGACGCAGUGGAGGCACGUGCCUGGAAAGAUCAACCCAGCAGACUUGCCAACUCGGGGGGUGAAGGCCGAGGAUCUACCCGGUAACGAGUGCUGGUGGCAAGGGCCUGCAUUUCUCCGCAACACCAAGGAGUCCUGGCCGCAGACUGAGUUGACCAACAAACCGCAGCUUCCGGGCCAGGUGAAGAAGACGAUCGAGCUGGCAUUCACAGCGGUAGAGCCGGACAAGGGUCGUCUUGAUGUUGAGAGGUACUCGCGUUGGACACGUCUGAUUCGCGUCACAUCAUGGUGCUGGCGUUUUGUGAGCAACGCUAAGCUGACAGCAGAUGCAAGAGUCAUGAGGGGGCAUUCUCAGGAUGCUAGUUCGGCUCCCACGGAGGUCGUCUGUGCUAACGCCCCAGGAGCGAAGGCUAACCCUAGUGCCCGCAGACAUAAGAUCGUCAAGGUGCCAGAGUUGAUCGCAGCUGAGAUCGAGCAUGCUGAGCGGUUCUGGAUCGCUCAGGGACAACAAGAGGCAUACCCAGAGUCUUGCAGGAUAUUGAUGGCCGGAAGAGAGCUACCUCCAUCUGACCCACUCUACAAGUUAAGCCCCGGUGUAGAUACAUCAGCAAAACCACCGGUCCUGGUACUUUGUGGACGACUGAAGUAUGCGGAACACCUACCGGCCAGUAUGCGGAGACCUAUGGUUCUGCCUAGCAAACAUCCUGUCACGCAGCUUAUUGUUCGCCACCAGGAUGAGAAGUGCGGACAUGUCGCCGGGUCGCAUCAGCUACUUUCUAUCCUGAGAGAGCGAUUCUGGAUUGUCCACGGACUGUCAGUCGUGAAGGCUAUGAAGAGAGCGUGUCUGAAGUGCCAGAGAAUAGUGGCAAAACCAGCGCAACAACUCAUGGGACCACUGCCGAGUUACCGAACACUUGGAACCAAGCAGCCAUUCUCGCAGUGCGGAGUCGAUUACGCCGGACCGUUCUAUACCAGUCAAGGACGAGGGAGAGCGCAGCAGAAACGUUACCUCUGUGUGUUCACGUGUCUUGAAACUCGGGCCUGCCAUCUCGAAAUGUCAUUCGGGCUGGACACAGAGUCCUUCUUGAUGUCGUUUUCCCGGUUCACCAAGCGCAGAGGAGUUCCAUCGUUGAUGCUGUCCGAUAACGGCACCAACUUUGUCGCCGCUGAACGGGAGCUGCGUGAAGCGGUGGAGGCACUCGACCGGGCGAAGAUUUGUCGCGAUGGAGUCCAUCGGGGUAUUCAGUGGAGGUUCAAUCCCCCGAGAGCGCCGCACCAUGGAGGCGUCUUUGAGAGUAUGGUCAAGUGCGCCAAGAAAGCACUUGUCUUAGUCUUGUCUCGGGCCAAUCUACGGGACGAGGAACUGAUGACGGCAAUUGUGGAGGCUGAGAGCUUGUUGAAUAGCCGGCCAUUAACAGCCAUUUCAGACGACCCCAGUGACAUGACUCCACUGACUCCUAAUCACUUCAUUGUUGGACGCUUGGAUCUUCCCUUAGCUCUGGAGGAGGCCGCCUGCCGAGAGAAGAAUGUUCACCCUCGUAGACGCUGGAUGGCUCUUCAAUUGCAAGUGGACCAUGUGUGGAGGCGUUGGCAGAAAGAGCUUGUCGUGACCUACAACAUGCGGAAGAAGUGGCUCCAACAGAAGCCGAAUCUGAAGGCAGACGAUCUGGUGCUGGUUAUGGAAGAUGGCAUAUCUCGUGGUCAUUGGCCGCUUGGAAGAGUGGUGGGAGUACAUCCGGGUCAGGAUGGCCUGGUGAGAGUUGUGGACGUACGGCUGAGCAACAAGAAGGUGAAGCGACGUGCCAUUCAGCGAUUAGUGCCAUUGACUGCAGACGGCGAAUGA